UAAAGCUGAUUGUGUGAAGAAUUUAAAAAAAAAAAUACGAAUUAUGGCGCAAUCUUGAAAAGAGUAAACAUCGCGAAAAUGAAAGUUACAAAUCAAAAGUUCAAGAGUUUGAAGAAGAUUUGGAUAAACUAUUCGACAUAGCUCAUUCUAAUGCUUUAAAAUUAAUGAAAAUUGAGGUCGACAAAGCAUUUUUAAUUGCUCAGCGAAAUCCCGGUCGUCCAGGUUGCAUGUUAGGAGUAGAUAUGAAUCAAACAAAUAAAGAAAAAAGAAAAAAUGUAAGAAUAGAAACGGAAAUUGCAAAAAAAAAGAAAUACAAUUCUCAAAUUUCAGAAUCCGCCACAGUUGAGAUACCAACAUAUUAUUCAAGUUCAGAUGAAUCCGAAAAUGUUAGCGAGGAAAGUGAUGUUCAUUCAGAUAACCGUUGUCCUGGCCCAUCUGGAUCCAAAAGGGCCAAUAAAUCAAUAAUGACACCACGGCUUUGUGCAGCAUUAGAUAAGUGCAAGGUUAGUGAUCGGGAUGCUGUACAUUUAUUGUCAGCAUUUAUUGAAAGUGUUUCUUUGGACCCGGCUCUUUUUGUAAUCAACCGAACAUCUAUAAAAAAUGCACGACAAAGUGUUAGAGAAGAAAACGCGGAAAAUGUGCGGUCAGAUUUUUUAAAUUUGAAUGUAGAUUUUGCCAUUGUUCACUGGGAUGGUAAAAUACUUCCCGUUUUUGGAGGAUACGGAAAAGUCGAUCGUUUGCCUAUAAUUGUAACAGGUCCUAAUUUUGAGCAACUUCUUGGCGUUCCCCAAAUCCCAUCUGGUACAGGAUUAGAAAUGUCAUCUGCUAUAUUCGAUACUCUUGAAAAAUGGUCAUUACUUGAUAAAGUUCAGGGAUUUGUAUUUGACACGACGUCUUCAAAUACAGGGAGACUCAAUGGAGCUUGUGCUCUGCUAGAACAACGACUGGGAAGAGAUGUUCUUCACUUAGCAUGUCGUCAUCAUAUUUUUGAGUUGAUUCUUCAAGCAGCUAUAGUUGAAUCAAAGUUACAUAUAUCAUCCGGACCGGAUAUUGCAGUUUUUAAGCGUUUUAAGAAUGCAUGGAAUGGAAUAAACACCAAAAAUAUUUUUGUAUAG